AUGGCCGACCCCUUUGCUCCGCGCUCCAUGAAGCGCAAAAAUGUCAAAGGCCUUGCCCUCAAAGCCGCCGCCCCUCGACCCCCACCAACCGCCGAAACCAACCGACACGAGUUCAACUCGGGGAGCCAAGAUGCGGGCAAGGACGAGCAGUUGGAGAUUGGAAUCGAGUACAAGCUGGAUCUGAGACCCGAAGACCUCGAGAUCGUCAAGGAGCUGGGUUCUGGCAACGGCGGCACCGUUAGCAAAGUCAGGCACCUCACAACAGGAACUGUCAUGGCCCGCAAGGUCAUUCAUGUCGAAGCCAAGCGAGAGAUACGGAAGCGAAUCGUUCGAGAACUCCAGAUUAUGCAUGGAUGCCACUCCGACUACAUCGUUACAUUCUACGGUGCCUUUUUGAAUCCCAACAACGAUGUUAUUAUGUGCAUGGAAUACAUGGACGUUGGUGCCCUUGACCGAGUCUCGAAGGUGUUUGGUCCUGUUCGCGUCGAUGUGCUGGGAAAGAUUGCCGAAGCCACCCUCGGCGGAUUGACAUAUCUCUACACGAAACAUCACAUCAUGCAUCGUGAUAUCAAGCCAUCCAAUAUUCUCGUCAACUCGAGAGGCCAUAUCAAGCUCUGCGAUUUUGGUGUUUCGGGCGAGCUCGUCAACUCCAUCGCCGACACCUUUGUUGGAACCUCUACUUACAUGGCCCCCGAACGAAUCCAGGGAGAAAAGUACACUGUCAAGUCGGAUGUCUGGAGUUUCGGUCUCAGCAUUAUGGAGCUUGCCAUUGGCAAGUUCCCCUUUGCGGCGAGCGAGCAGCUGUCAGAUGGUGACUGCGCCCCUGCUGGUAUCCUGGAUCUGCUCCAGCAGAUUGUCCAUGAGCCGGCGCCAAAGCUCCCUAAGAGCGAUGCAUUCCCCAGCAUCCUCGAGGACAUGAUCCAGAAGUGUCUCUAUAAGGAGCCUGAACUUCGGCCAACUCCCCAGGAGCUUUUCGAUCGCGAUCCCUUUGUUCAAGCCGCCAAGAGAACACCAGUCGAUCUUCGAGAGUGGGCUAUUGGACUGAUUGAGCGUGACAACCGGAAAUCCCAUCUUGCCCCUCAACUCUCUCCCGCGACUCAGGAGCUCCUCCGGUCGAGCGAUUCCCCUACUCAGAGCCAGCCGCAACCCGAAGACCGAAGCCAUACUCCCACCUCUGGCGAGAUCCCCAUUGCUGGGGCUGGAAUUAUCUCACCUCGGGAUCAGUACGGCUCGAGCCACAGUCGAUCGCCACCUCGCAACGGUUAUGGCUCUGCCCGCACACCGGGCUCGGCGCAUCCUGGACUGCCCCGUGUCGUCACGACAAACUCGAUCCCCAAGGUGUCGGGCUACCCUGAGAGCGCUGGCCCUAUGAGCGCAAAUGCUACGACAUUCAGCCUGCCUGUCCGACCAGCUCCCCCUGGUGGCCCUCUCCCCCCUCCCCCACCUCGAAAGGAGACUCCCGACGAGCUCCGAAGGGAGAACCGAAGAUUUGGACUGCCGCCAAACCCGGGCUAUGGCGUAUAGAGCGCCUCAGACCGUGUGAUGCCCAAAAGCUGUACACUUUUACACCCCCUUCCCGCACAUAUUGAAAACAGCGGCCCAGCCCCCCUGAUACUCGUUUAGCAUACCUCGGCGCACUGUUUUGAACAUGUUUAUCGUGGUCUCUAGACAGACCAUCAUCACACUCAAAUCACUACAUAGCUCAUCUAGAACCAGGGGCUUGAUCACAUCUAUCUCUUGACGAGGCAGCGGAUCUGGUUCCAUCUCGGUUCUGGGGGUUUUUUCUUCUGUAUCUAGCCGUGUAGGAGGAGGGCCCUCGUACAGGAAUUAGGACCACGUAGGAAAGCCAGAUGAAAUGAAAUCAGCGUUUGAGUAGGGAUCUUUCGUUUGCUUGGUGAAGAAAAAAUUUGGUAUCG